AUGCGGUGUCCUGCAGGAGGGCUGCUGGUACUCCUGAUCAAACCAGGGGUCGUCGGCACACAUCCAAAGGUCGAGGAGGAAGACGGCGACACAGCCCUGACCACACUGGAGACAUUUUUGGAUCUGAUAAGGAACAUGGUACCACAGAACUUGAUUCAGGCCUGCUGCUACACACAGUACAAGACUCAGAAGGUCCUGGUGAAUGUGGAAUCGGAUCAUUUGAGCACGAUCCUGGACGAGGAGGAGCAACAUGUGUGCACCUCUGGCGAGAACGUUGACGGGCUGAACAUUGUGGCCGGGCUGGUCCUCAGGAGGAUGGGACAGGAGAGAGAGAACUUCCUGAUACUUGUCCAAGUGCUCAACAUGGUCACCAAAAAGAUGGUGAAAAUGAUAAUGUGAGAUCGUUUUAACGCCGUUGUGACAGUCCUGGAGUACUGCAUCGGAGUGGCUCUCGUGGCAAACCUGUCUGAGAAAGAGACCCAAGACAUGGGAGAGGAACCUGCCGCAGCAAUUUGAAAUGUUUUGACUUUAGUUCCUUUAUUUACUUGCUUUUGUUUGUUUUCUUUUGUUUUGUUUGAUGUUUGUUGUUACUUUUUUAAAUUUAAGAAGGGACAGUGCAUAUUACAGAAAAUGCCAAAAUUAGCCAUGGAGGCUAGUUUUCAUCUGUAGUCCUGACGUUUGAUCUUUGUUUGCUACAUUGGUAAAAGUUUAAAUGAUUGUAAAGAAUAAUAUUAAUAAACUUUAAAUAUAUCACCUUCCAACUAUGCCUUGCAUUGAUCAAAGUGCUUCACAAGAUAAAACAAAUAAAAACAGGGCACACUAAAUCAGAGCGAGUUAAAAUAACCAAUAAAAAAUAAAAUCUGUGAAGACAGAAUUACAUAUUUUAGAGAUAAACUUCAACAGAUGACUGUAUGACACAACUUUUACUGAUUUUUAAGUUUAUAAGGGUUUUAAGGUGCAUUUUAUGAAUGAAUCCAUGUUUCCUUACAGAGAUUUAAAGUAUCGUCUGCUUUUGAGAAAUAGUGGAAUUAAAGCUAUUUUUGAUAACUCUGAAAAAAUAAAUAAAUAGACAUAAUUUUGAAGUUGUUUUUCUUUAAUUACUCAUGUCUAAAUGUUGGUAAAACACAACAUUCA